AAGCACCAAACUACCAAAAGUAUGCCUUGCUUUACAUGACCAAAGCUUGCAUAUUCAAUCCAUGGAUCAUUAUGUAUUGCUGCAUAAAUUCGAAGUCCUAACCGUGUUUUACUUUUCUAAAAGGGAUAGCUACAACGAUUUCAAUACAUUCUACAUACAGGCUGCAUCUGGUACUAAAGGUGGCUCUAGUGGUUCCCCUAUUGUUGAUUGCCAAGGAAGAGUUGUUGCACUGAAUGCAGGAAGCAGCAGUUCCAGUGCUUCGGCCUUCUACCUUCCAUUAGACGGUGUAGUUAGAGCACUCAAUCUGAUACGUGGCUGUUGGGACACAUUUGGUAGCAAGCCAGAAUCUGCUUAUAUUCCUCCUGGUACACUUCAGGUAGGGGAUUUGCACUCCAUAACUCCAAAUCAUUUCCUGGAAGUUAGUGGUGCUAUCAUCCAUCCACUUUCAUACCAGCAGUAUUCUUCCUUCAAGAACAUUUUUGCAAAUAAAAUUUGGACAGUGAGUCAGUUUGAAACACUAUUCUUGUAA